CUAUUCAGUGCACCUCCUCGCGCCCCACCGGCCGUCGGUCGUCUCGAGCGCUGCUGAGAAAGACGCUGAAGCACCAGAGGAGCGUGAAAGGACCAGCCGGACCCGGUCUUCUUCUUCUACUUCUUCUCCAUCUAGUUUAUGGUGUAGUAGAGACAGCUGAGCCAUAGUCCAGCUUUUUUCAUCAGCAAGGUGAGGAAGAGGAGGAGGAGAGGAAGAGGAGACAGACAGGCAGACAGCAGCAGGAUCUUGGCGCAUUGGAGCUUAUGGAUUAUUGAGAAGUGGAGGCCGAAACGCGGAUCAAAUAUUCAUAAGGACUUUUUUAAGAGAAAAACCCAGAGUGGGAUAGUGCAGAGAUUCCCUGCAGUGAUUCACCUGCCCGGUCCAGCGCUACACGCGCUCACUGACCAGAGACCAGAAAACCAGCGCUGCUGCUGGAAAAGGAUUCUGCAUCUCGCGUGUGUGUGAGUGUGUCUGAGUGAGUGUGUCUUAGUGAGUGUGUUUGGAAAGGAGCCCCCCUGCUGCAGUACUUGUCUGAUGUAGCCUACUGGAACAGGGAUGCCACCGACUUAGCCUACUGACGGACACCCGGUAUCCGUACCCCUUCCCUCCCCCCCCCCCUCCCCCGGACAACGGACGCACCGAUCCCAGCGAUCCCCACUAAUAUGCAAUGGUUUUUUGUGCAGAAGCCGACAGCUGCCGCGUACCGCCGACUUCACGCUAGCGCCGCCGCAUGCUUGUCCGCCGCUGCCGCUCCUCUCCCCUUGCCGCGCGGCAGACGACGCCAUUUGAAGAGGAGCGCUCGGGGGCUUUUCACGCCGCGGCGGCCGGGCGGCUGCAGCAGCGACAUAUCCUCCGCCGCUGAGGACCACCGGCCGCUGGGGCAGCCUGAGGUGGAGACCGCAGAGAAAAGCGCUGCAGCGGUUGCUCUUUUCCUGUCGCACGGAGACGACGUCGACGCGGAAUACGUGCGGCUGCUGGUCUCUGAGCUUGUGGAGGAUCCGGGCGAGAAACCGGGCGACGAGCCGGGCUUCCUGCUCUUGUUUUUGUCUAUGGUGCAGAUUAGGGGGCCGAAACACCGCCGAACUGAGCCCAUCAGCUGGCCGGCUCUGCUGGCAUGCAAACAGGGGGGCGGAUCAGCCCCCAUGCGGUGGGUGAAUUUUAGGCUGCCGCAUCCGGAGCGCCUCUUGUCCCCCACCUCCUCUUCCUCCUCCUCCCCAGUCUCGGCCAAAUCCAUGCGGUUUAUUUGGAACAACAUUUUCAGCAAAGGAUCGCAUAUGCUGCAGUGUCUUUGUGGCAGGAGCCUCAAGAAAAACAAGAACCCAACUGAACCACAGCUGAAGGGCAUAGUGACCAGGUUGUUCUGCAGGCAGGGCUUCUAUCUCCAGAUGGGCCAGGAUGGAAGUAUGGACGGGACCAAAGACGACAGCACCAACUCCUCUCUGUUUAACUUAAUUCCUGUGGGUCUGAGAGUCGUGGCCAUCCAAUCAGUCAAGACUGGCCUCUACAUCGCCAUGAACGGAGAGGGUCACCUCUACUCAUCGGAACUGUUUACAGCGGAGUGUAAGUUUAAGGAGUCGGUGUUUGAGAACUACUAUGUGAUCUACAGCUCUAUGCUCUACAGACAGAAGGAGUCGGGCCGGGCCUGGUUUCUGGGCCUCAAUAAAGAGGGACAGGCCAUGAAGGGCAACAGGGUUAAAAAGACCAAACCAGCUGCACACUUUCUGCCUAAACCUAUAGAAGUUGCGAUGUACCGAGAGCCUUCGUUGCACGACGUUGGGGAGGCGGUGCCUAAACUCGCCGGGGGCCCGCCUUCCAAAAGCACAACCAGCGAACCAGUGGUCAUGAAUGGAGGCAAACCAGUCAACAAACCCGACAAGGAGGAGACAUAACCCCGCCCCCUUUUUACCCUCCCCUGGCCAACCAGAGACCAGGAAAAGCCAGACACUCGCCCCACUGCUGCACUCUCAAAAAACUAAACCGCAACAAAAGGUAACCAAACAAACAGCUAGUUUUGACUGGUCAGCAGUGGGGCCGCACGUCUCGCCCCACCUCUCUCCCUAUUGGACGGAUCUGGUGUUGUGGGGCAGAGCCAGAAGGAUGGAGCACUGUGGCUGGUGGCGGGGGAAGAGGAGGAUGAAGAGCGUAAAGUCAGGCCAAUGCCUGCCAGAUAUUUUGGAACUUUGACAGUGGCAUGCCCUCAUAGUGGGAGACAAAAUGACUUCAAAACAAAUAUAAGCAAAACAAACAAAAAACAGAAACAAAUGUCGUCUUCACCGGUAUUUUUCUGUGACAAUCUGUAAGAAUGAUGCCCCUUUUUCCUCUCCUGAUAGUACUGUUUUCUGUUGCCAGAUAUGCUUGCUUGCUGGUGGCUACACACGCACAUUCACACAACUCCCAGCCAAAAUCGACCACUUGGAUUCAAUCUUUGAGUAAAUGAAGAACAGAUUAAAAAACAAACAUCAGACAAAGAGAACUCUUUAAAUACCUGAUGAUUCAGAGGAUGCUCAUUCAUCAAUUAAGAUUCGGCGCAGGGCAUUCUGUGAGCUUACAAUGAAAUGCACUUGAAAAUGACCCUGUGCAUUACAUGCAAGGCAAACCCAUCUUACCUGUGUCCCUUGUUCUAAUCACAUACUAUAUGGCUGUUAAAAAGAGAGACACUACAUAACUUAAAUCAUGUUUGUCUUUUCAGUGUUCCUUUAUUUUAUAUUUCUUGGGUGGUGUAUUAUUCUGCACACACAGAGCACUAGUGAUUAUCAAGCUACAUUGUUGUACAGACACUAAACAGAUUUUAUUGUCUA